AUGUCUUGGAAACUCACUCAGAAAUUCAAGGAAACCUGCCUUACGCCGCUGGCCAAUACAUUUAGCGGCUUGUCGUCGCCGUCCACGAUAGACGGUAAUCAGCCGCCAAAGUCCUCAAGUUCAGCGAGCAGCGCCACCCUUGCAGACUCCAAAGACCCCAAUGGUGUCGCGGCCUCUGAGGCGAACACUACCCCUCCUCUUCCGCCUCUCCGACCCGGCAUUCUCAUAGUGACCCUCCAUGAGGGCAAAGGCUUUUCGCUCCCGGCCGGCACUGGGGCGGCCUUCAACACAGUGCACCAUCACGACCCGCCCUCAACGGGCGGGGGCUUCUCGGUAGCAGAGUCUAUGGGGCCGAAUUCAUUAUCACGGAACCGAGCAGCAGGCUCUUACUCUUCAAACCGGCCCUACUCGGCUGCUAACAACGUUAAUGUGAUCCCUACAGUCCACGGACGCUAUUCCUCCAGGUGCCUUCCGUACACUCUUGUGGACUUCGACAAGCUACAGGUUUUCAUCAAUGCUGUCUCGGGUACACCCGAGAACCCAUUGUGGGCGGGGGCCAACACACAGUACAAGUUCGAUGUCUCCCGUGUCACCGAUCUCAGUGUGUCGCUUUACAUCCGCAACCCCUCAGCGCCUCCCUUCGUCGGUAGGAACGAAGAUAUCUUCAUUGGAACCUGCAAACUCGGCACCAGAUCCAUGAAGAUUGGCGUCAACUUUGUGGAGAAUCGCCAAGACCGACUCUCUAUUGACGAUUUUGAACUUCUCAAGGUGGUUCGCAGGGGAAGUUUCGGCAAAGUCAUGCAAGUCAUGAAAAAGGAUACUCGCCGUAUCUAUGCUCUCAAGACCCUUCGCAAAGCUCGCAUCAUCUCUUGCUCCGAAGUGGCACACACUCUCGCAGAGCGUUCCGUCCUUGCUCAGGUAGACAAUCCCUUUAUCGUGCCGCUUAAAUUCUCGUUUCAGUCAUCUGAAAAACGGUACCUCGUUUUGGCAUUCGUGAACUGUGAAUGCUUGCAUGGGUUCAAUGUGAUCUACCGCGAUCUGAAGCCAGAGAAUAUCCUGCUCGAUUACACGGGGCAUAUCGCUCUGUGUGACUCCGGUCUCUGCAAGUUGGACAUGAAAGAUGACGACAGGACUAACACAUUAUGCGGAACACCAGAGUACCUCGCUCCUGAGCUACUCACUGGCGCUAGUUAUACGAAGACGGUCGACUGGUGGACUUUCGGUGUUCUGUUGUACGAGAUGUUGACUGGCCUGCCGCCAUUCUACGACGAGAACACCAACGACAUGUACCGCAAGAUUCUCACCGAGCCUCUACACUUACCCGGUCCGGAUAUUGUGCCGCCAGCUGCUCGAGACCUGCUAACCCGUCUACUGGAUCGAAAUGCCGAGAAGCGUAUGGGCGCCAAGGGUGCUUCUGAGAUCAAGGCUCACUCCUUCUUUAACAGCAUUGACUGGCGGAAGCUGCUAGAGAAGUACGAGCCUAGUUUCAAACCCAACGUGGCCGACGCUAAAGAUACUGUCAACUUUGAUCGUGAGUUUACUUCAGAAGCCCCAAACGAUUCAUACGUGGACGGCCCGAUGCUCUCUCAAACCAUGCAGCAGCAGUUCAUAGGGUGGUCAUACAACCGACCGGUGGCUGGUCUUAGCGAUGAUGAAGGUUCGGGGAAGGACCCGUUCUUUGAGGGUGGGCUGAACAAAAAUUAG